UAAAGAAAUAAAAAUCCUAUACAAAGGCAUGUUUAGUAGAACAGACAAAAUUAGGAGUGAUGCUGUCGUCAUGAACUGGAAAAACACAGGAGACUACAGGAGGCUGGGAAUCAGCAGGGAUGCUAUUGCUGAAAGCAAUUCCAUGUAAGAGGAUACAAAUUAUGCAGAUAAAGUGAGUGGUACUGCGGUAGCCAUCUCCAGGCAAUACUGCAUUGAUACGCUCUCUCUCUCUGCUUCUCUCUGUGAUUUGAACUGCUUGUAGUGAGGAGAGAAUGAGGAUGUGGAAGGGAAACAAUAGCAUUUCAACAAUAGAUUUAGUGUAGUACUGAUGUGAAGCUUGAACUGGUGUUUACUGCAGCUGUGUUUUCAGGGACGGACUCUGUUGUUGGUGAUGUAAGCUGGAAGAGCACAAACAAACAACUGAUUUGCACAAUCCGAAUAGGCCAAGUGCUUACCGAGCUUUUAUUGAUGUCGGGGAAUUAAGUUUACUCCACGUUUUCUGAUGACAAUUAAGGUAAUUUUUCCAGGAAACUGCAUGCUGAUAAAGAGUGGACUCUUAUGUUUCUGAAGCUUCAAAUAAAACAUUGUGCAGGAAGAUAAAACAACAGCUCGGCUUGAAAUUACGUGGCUGUGCAUGAAUGUACAAAAAAACUAUUUUGGACAUGACUCUGAAGCUAAAUGUGUGGCCGUCUGUCAAAGAGAAGCUUUUAUUACAGCGUCAGGUUCUUUUAAUUACGGUAAUGCGCAACGAUAGUUUUAGGCCUUUGUAUGUAUUUUCUAGCAACAAUUGAAGCCAGCUUCACGGUUAAGCAGGCAAGUUGCUGUCAAAACAGUCAACAUUGAGAGGAGACAUGAAAGCAGAGCAGAAAUCAUGUAGAUAAAAACUCUACUUGGUUCAGAUGUCUGCAGCAUAUAUUCACAGAUGAAUUGCUGUCUGAAUACAGAGGUGUUUUUUUCUCUUCAGACUAAUGCAAUUUAACUGAAUAGCCACUUUCCCAACACUCAUCUUUUUAUGGCUGAAAGUGACUAAGGUGGAUAUUUUGGAAUUUGCAUGAGGCGGCAGAAGAUUAUGGGUACAUUGUAUUAGAACAUGUAAAAAAAAAAAAAAAAAAAAGCCCCAGGAGCUGUUAGCCAAAACAAUUAAAAAAAAAAAAAAAGCUGCUGCUGGAAUUGGGCAUGAACAUUUUCUAGUCUUGACCGUUAUGAUGGUACAACGAGACAUUGAAGAUUAAAAACUGAGCAGUCAAAGUCAAGUGUACUUGAGGAAGAGGGAGCAGAGCAUCAUAGCCAAAGUGGUGAAAUAAAUCCUUCAGUAUCUUCAGGAAAUUAUCAAGGAAGCAGAAAAAACUUGAAAGAAAACAAAUCCGCCAAGGGUGACAGAGAGAGGACAGCCUACACUUUGCAACAAGAAUGAUUGUGUUGUAUUGUUUUGUGAAUUGAGCAUUGUUCAAACAUUGUCAAUGUGAAAAGGUUUUGCAGCAGACAUGGGGGACUGUUCAGAGUACCAGCGGCUACCAAAUGAAGAAGAGGAGAAGCUGGGCAGUAGCAUGCAGUCAGAUGAGGGUACAGACUGGCUCCUGGAACUCCUGGCAGAGGUGCAGCUUCAGCAGUACUUCCUUCGUAUCCGCGACGACCUCAACGUCACCCGCCUCUCUCACUUCGACUACGUCAAGAAUGAGGACAUGGAAAAAAUCGGCAUGGGCAGACCUGGGCAGAGGCGGCUGUGGGAGGCAGUCAAAAGAAGGAGAGCUCUGUGCAAACGCAAGUCCUGGAUGAGCAAGCCUCUGUCUCGCACUCCUCAGGUGUUCAGCGGGAAGCGGCCUGACUCAGAGUUCCAGCCUCAGCCAGCCUCCACCUUCCGCAAGGUGUGCACCCCACCCCCCCAGGAGAGUCAGCAGGCUCUCACCUGCCUGAUCAGCGAGAAGGACUUGGCGCUCUUCGAGAAGCUGGGAGAUGGCUCUUUCGGGGUUGUCAAGCGCGGAGAGUGGUUCGCGCCCACGGGGAACGUGAUGAAUGUUGCUGUGAAAUGCUUGAAAACUGAUGUCCUCAACCAGCCAGACACCUUGGAUGACUUCAUCCGGGAAGUGAAUGCCAUGCACUCCCUUGACCACCAGAACCUGAUCCGCCUGUAUGGUGUGGUUCUCACACACCCCAUGAAAAUGGUAACUGAACUGGCACCUUUGGGCUCAAUGCUGGACCGUUUGAGAAAGAACCAGGGACAUUUCUUAAUAUCAACCCUGUGCCAGUAUGCCAUCCAGAUCGCCAAUGGCAUGGCCUACCUGGAGUCAAAGAGAUUCAUCCACCGAGACUUGGCUGCCAGGAAUAUCCUACUAGCCUCUAAUGAACUGGUAAAGAUAGGUGACUUCGGACUUAUGAGGGCACUGCCCAAGAAUGAUGAUCACUACGUCAUGCAGGAACACCGCAAGGUCCCCUUUGCAUGGUGUGCCCCGGAGAGCCUAAAGACCCGCACUUUUUCACAUGCGAGUGACACCUGGAUGUUUGGUGUGACACUCUGGGAGAUGUGUACAUAUGGACAGGAGCCCUGGCUAGGACUCAAUGGCAGCCAGGUUACCAGUAUUCUCCAUAAGAUUGACAAGGAGGGAGAGAGGCUCUCCAAACCCGAGGACUGCCCCCAGGAUAUCUACAACGUGAUGCUGCAAUGUUGGGCACAGAAACCUGAUGACCGGCCUACCUUUGUAGCACUCCGAGAGUUUUUAGUGGAGACUAUGCCAACAGACGUGCGGGCGCUGCAGGAUUUUGAGGAACCGGACAAACUGGUUAUUCAGAUGAACGAUGUCAUUACAAUCAUUGAAGGCAGGGCUGAAAAUUACUGGUGGAGGGGUCAGAAUAAGCGCACCCUGAAGGUGGGCCAGUUCCCCCGAAACACUGUGACUUCCGUGGCAGGACUGUCAGCCCAAGACAUCAGCCGACCCCUUAAAAACAGCUUCAUCCACACAGGGCAUGGUGACACGAACCCUCAGCGCUGCUGGGGGUUUCCAGACAAGAUCGAUGACCUGUACUUGGGUAAUCCUAUGGACCCACCUGAUGUGCUGGGAAUGGGUGUGAAUGCUGCCAGACCAACUCAACUUCCAGGAAGGUCAAAAAAGGAGCCCCCUCCACGCCCCCCUCAGCCAGCGAUCCUAGUCAAGAGUAAGUCUGGCCAUUCUCUCUGGUUUAGGCACUGUUCCUGCCCUCUCUGUUCUAUUCUAGCCCCACUCUUCAAAGAGCCCUGCUAUGACCCUGUUACUGAGGAGGAGGAUUUCACACCCACAGGCUUAAAGAAACUCUCCCUGAAAAAACAAGGACCAGCCAAGGGUCUCAAAGUGGUGAAACCAGCUGCGUGGGUCACUGGCACAAAGAUAAUUGACCAGCAGUGUUUUGGGGGCAAGCCAGCAGGGCCCCAAACCAACGAGGUGUCUCUGAUUGACUUUGGAGAGGAGAUUCCUCCAACCGACCCCUCACCAGUGGGGGAAAUACAGAUUCCGAUGCUGGCUAAAUUAGCUUUGAAGGCAGACUCAAUACUUGACAAAACCCCACCCCAGAGUCCUACUGGGGUCCUUCCUCGACCCCUGCACCCUACACCUCUGGUUGACUGGGACUCCAAACCCCUGCCUCCCCCUCCCGCUUAUGACGAUGUAGCCCAGGAUGAGGAGGACAUAGAGGUCUCUUCCAUAAACAGUUCUGAGCUGUUGGACAGGAAGUCCAAAUAUGCAACAGUGAAUCUCCAAAAACUUAAGGAGAAGGGAGAGACCAGCUUUGGCUAUGUCCAAGAGACUGAUUCAGGGGGAAAGCCCAAACUGGAGGACAACCUCUUUCUGCCCUGCAAGCAGAGCCAACAGACCAACUUCUCAGUGUCUGCAGAGAUCUUCGAGGAGCUCCAGCAUGAGUGCAUGAAGAGACUGAACGUUCCUGUGGUCUCACCUCAACCCUCCUCCCCCAGCCCCACAAACCUGGAGCUCCACAAGCAAAUCGUCUUGUCUUUCUCUGAAGGGAAGCCACAGAUCCCGCCACGGAUACCCAUCCCACCUCGGCCCAUCAAACGGAACGAUUACGGCCGCUGGUCCGGGGAUCUGUCUCCGGCUUCGGGAGGCGAGGAGGUUAAACCCCCUCAGAUCCCACCUCGAGACCCUUUAUCGCAGCCCAAUUCCAGAACUCCAAGCCCCAUGAGCCUCCACGUGGGCUCCCCCCAGCAAAGGUCAAGCCUUUGCUCGACAGUAUCCUUUGGCUCAUACCUUUCCACCUCCCCAGGCAAGCUAAUGCCAACCACCCAGAGCUUUGCAUCGGACCCCAAAUAUGCCUCGCCCAAAGUCAUUCAAGCACAGGGCAAGGACUGCACUAAGGGCCCAUGCAUUCUGCCAAUUGUCAAAGAUGGGAAAAAAGUCAGCAACACGCACUACUACCUCCUCCCAGAAAGGCCGUCCUACCUGGACAAGUACGAGAAGUUUUUUAAGGAGACUGAAAACCCGGAAGACGGUUCCACCAAACACAGCGCUACCACAGCAACAGUACGACCAAUGGUCCAGGUGUCUGACUUCAAAGCUAACUUCUCCUCCAACAACAGCAACUUGGGGGCCAAAACCACAAUGAAGACAACAUACAGCCUGCAAAAGCUCAUCUUUGACGGGUCUGUCGGGAAGGCAGAGGGAGCCAGGCCUACUGACAAAAUCAGAUUGGUGCAGGAAGCUGUUCAUGGGGUGACAAUGGCAGAGUGCCAGACAGCGCUGCAGAACCACUGCUGGAAUGUCCAGAAAGCUGUGCAGUACCUCAAGGUUGAGCAGUUGUUCUGUCUGGGGCUGAAGACAAGAACGGAAUGUCUUAAAAUCUUAGAAACAUAUGACUGGAAUCUGGAACUGGCUAGCUCACAACUACUGGACUCCUAUAGCACACUGAGGCAAAGGCGAUGAAGAACUGAAAUCCUUCAGUUAUUUUGGCGCCACUGGUUUUGUCCAUGGAAUGUGUGAACAGAGAAACUGCUGCUUGACUAGGAACAAAAUCUCAACAGGAUUAUUGAAUACAGUUCCUACCUACAUACUGCUGUUCCCAUUGUAAUGCUGUAUAUUCAGGCUAAAGGUCAUUGCCAACCAAUCCAGUAUUUCUUCUGAAAAAAGUUCAGCUUGUGUGUGUGUGUGUGUGUGUGUUUGCUUCUAAACAGUGUGCUUUAUCUGGGAGGCUCAUUAUUGUUUUAUACAGAGUUUA